GCAGGACUGCCCGCCGGCGGCUCGGGGCCGCGCGCCGGGAACCUCGCGGGGCGGGCGGGCGCGGCACCCCCUGCCUGGCCGCCUGCGCCCCGGGGAGGCGGCCCACGCGCGAAGGGACCAGCAGCAUGAGCAGCGGCUACAGCAGCCUGGAGGAGGACGCCGAGGACUUCUUCUUCACCGCCAGGACCUCCUUUUUCAGGAGAGCGCCCCAGGGCAAGCCCCGCGCCGGCCAGCAAGAUGUGGAGAAAGAGAAGGAAACCUACAGUUACCUCAGCAAAGAGGAAAUCAAAGAGAAAGUUCAUAAAUACAACCUAGCAGUCACAGACAAGUUGAAGAUGACCUUGAAUUCAAAUGGGAUUUACACUGGCUUCAUUAAAGUCCAGAUGGAGCUCUGCAGACCCCCACAGACUUCUGGAAAACUCGCUCCCAGUAGCAACGGCUGUAUGAACACGCUUCACAUCAGCAGCACGAAUACCGUCGGGGAAGUGAUCGAGGCCCUGCUCAAGAAGUUUCUCGUGACCGAGAGCCCUGCCAAGUUUGCACUUUAUAAGCGUUGUCAUAGGGAAGACCAAGUCUACGCCUGUAAGCUCUCAGACCGCGAGCAUCCACUCUACCUGCGUUUGGUGGCUGGGCCCAGAACAGACACACUGAGUUUUGUUCUUCGUGAACAUGAAAUUGGAGAGUGGGAAGCCUUCAGCCUUCCAGAACUACAGAAUUUCUUGCGCAUCUUGGACAAGGAGGAAGACGAGCAGCUGCAGAGCCUGAAGCGGCGCUACGCGGCCUACCGACAAAAGCUGGAGGAAGCCCUCAGUGAGGUGUGGAAACCCGGUUAAGCACGGGGAUCCCUGCCACUCACGAAGGAGAGGCGCGGGACCCGCGUCUGAACCGGCAGCCGGCGUCUCUCUUGUUGGAGGGCUGUCUUCGGGCCCCGUGAUGCUAGGGUCUCCGCCCUUGAUCCCUAGAUCUAGUUCCCUCCACCUGGUCACGCAGCGUCCCGCGCCUUCGGCCGCUUCUGUGCGGGAUUCUGCCGCUUGGUCUAACAGCCCUGUGGGGUUCACCUCUCGGCAAGCUGUGAAUCUGCUCUCAUCUGGAGCAAUCUAG